AUGACUUGGUUGACAUGGGAAGCACCCCUCAUCAAUGGGCAAGAGGGAUUAGUCACAUUCCUGGAACAAAUCCAAAUUGCAUCAGAAGAGGAGGCAGACCAAGAUCCCCUGGCCAACUUACCUACCCAGUACCACAAGUUUGCAAAAGUCUUUGGCAAAGAAGAGUUCAAGGUCCUCCCUCCACAUAGGGAGUAUGACAUUGCUAUUGACCUAGUUCCAGAUGCCAAACUCUCCCCCAGUCCUAUAUACAGCAUGACAGACACAGAAACUAGAGCUUUGAAACAACACAUUGAUGAAGAGCUAGCAACAGGCAAGAUCCGCCCCAGCACUUUGUCAACAGGCGCCCCAGUCAUGUUUGUAAAAAAGGCAGAUGGGUCCCUUAGAUUGGUUGUGGAUUAUUGUAAACUCAAUGAGGUCACCCAUAAGAACAUCUACCCCUUACCAAGGCAAGAUGACCUCAUGGCCAAGCUUAGGCAUGCCAAGAUUUUUACAAAGUUGGAUUUACGCUGGGGUUACAAUAACGUACAGAUCAAGGAAGGCAACAAAUGGAAAACAGCUUUUAGAACCAAAUAUGGGCUAUUUGAGUACCUAGUAAUGCCCUUUGGACUUACCAAUGCACCAGCCGCUUUCCAGCACUUCAUGAAUGACCUGUUCAGGGAUCUAAUCAAUGUAACAGUGGUUGUCGUACACCACUGUAAGGAGGUUGUAACAGUGGUAAUCUACCUGGAUGAUAUCCUUAUUUUCUCAGAAAAUCCUGAAGAUCACCCAACCCACGUCAGAGAAGUACUGUCUUGGCUCAUGAAGAACCAGUUGUUCUGCAAACUGUCAAAGUGCCAUUUUCACGUGACAACAGUAGACUACCUUGGCAUUGUCAUUUCACCUGCUGGCUUCUCCAUGGACAAAAAGAAAAUCAAGGCAGUAACGUCAUGGCUGCAACCCAAAACAGUCAAGCAGGUCCAGGCAUUCCUAGGUUUUGUCAACUACCUUUGCCGGUUCAUCCCCAAUUUCAGCUCCGUUGCACAACCGUUGCACAAUCUCACAAAAAAGGAAACCCCUUGGUCAUGGGGCUACCUAGAGGAAAUGGCCUUCCAGAAGCUAAAAACCCUUGUUACCCAGGCACUGGUAUUAAUCCACUCCAAUCCUGACCUUCCGUACUACCUGGAGACAGAUGCAUCAGGAGUAGCAAUGGGAGCCAUCUUGAGCCAACAAGGAAAAGAUAACUGUCUCCACCCAGUUGCAUACAUGUCCAAAUCCUUCUCCGGUGCUGAAGCCAACUGUCAUAACCUCCUAACAUAUACCAUUAGAAUCGCACAAUUUUUCUAUUAUUUCUAG